AUGGCUGCUGCUCUGGCGUCUCCCUCCCUCAUCCCCUCUUCUCUCUGCUUCUCCGCCGAUGGCCGCCCGUCUCUCUCUUCUUCUUCUUCUUCUUCUUCUAGUUUCUCAGUCUGCUGCAGUAGAAAUCAGAAGAGCUGCUUCUUAACGUUUUCAUCUGCUUGGCCUAAUCGCAAUCGAGGAGGACGGGGAUUGUCUGGGCGUCGUUCAGUAGUGGUGUUUGCUGCUUCAGGAGGCGGAGGCGGAGGCGGAGACUACUACGCUACUCUCGGUGUGCCUAAAUCUGCCAACAUCAAGGAGAUUAAAUCUGCCUAUCGCCGCCUCGCCCGUCAGUAUCAUCCCGAUGUCAACAAGGAACCUGGAGCUACCGACAAGUUCAAGGAAAUCAGUGCUGCCUAUGAGGUGCUAUCAGAUGAGCAAAAGCGAGCUCUAUAUGAUCAAUAUGGUGAAGCCGGACUCAAGACUACUCUUGGUGGAUCUUCUUCUACUUACACGACAAAUCCUUUUGACCUUUUCGAGACGUUCUUUGGUGCGAGUAUGGGUGGAUUUCCCGGGAUGGACCAAGCUGACUUUGGAAGAACUCGCCGUAGCAGGGUUACCAAAGGUGAAGAUUUACGGUAUGACAUCACCUUACAACUCUCGGAGGCUAUUUUUGGAUCUGAGAAAGAAUUUGAUCUAACGCAUCUGGAGACAUGCGAAGUUUGUGCUGGCACUGGUGCAAAAGCAGGAUCUAAGAUGAGAAUAUGCUCCACUUGUGGUGGGCGGGGUCAAGUUAUGAGAACUGAGCAAACACCAUUCGGCUUGUUUUCACAGGUUUCUGUAUGUCCAAACUGUGGUGGAGAUGGUGAGGUAAUUUCGGAAAAUUGCCGGAAAUGCUCCGGAGAAGGACGUUUGCGUAUUAAAAAAAGCAUCAAGGUCAAAAUUCCUCCAGGUGUUAGCGCAGGUAGCAUCCUUAGAGUUGCCGGGGAAGGUGAUUCUGGUCCCAGAGGUGGACCUCCAGGAGAUUUGUAUGUAUAUCUUGAUGUUGAAGAUGUCCGUGGAAUUCAAAGGGAUGGCAUAAACCUUUUAUCUACCCUUUCCAUCAGUUAUCUUGAUGCUAUACUGGGUGCGGUUGUUAAGGUGAAAACAGUAGAAGGAGUAACUGAAUUGCAGAUACCUCCGGGUACUCAACCUGGUGAUGUGCUGGUCCUGGCAAAGAAAGGAGCACCAAAACUGAAUAGACCGUCUAUCCGCGGUGACCACUUGUUUACAGUCAGAGUUACUAUACCAAAUCAAAUAAGUGCUGGAGAGCGGGAGUUGCUGGAGGAACUUGCUUAUCUGAGUGAUACGUCUAGCAACCGGCUACGAACUCGUACUAAGCCUCAGCAAUCCACUAGUAAGCCGUCAAUUUCUUGA